AUGAGUGACCGCUAUCUAGAGCAAAGGAUUAGUAUAAAAUUUUGCGUGAAGUUGAACAAGUCUGCAAGUGAGACCCACUGUCUUUUAAAAGAAGCUUAUGGGAACGAAGUCAUGUCGGGGGCCAGAGUUUUUGACUGGCACAAAAGGUUUAAAGAAGGGCGGGAAGAUGUUCGAGAUGAUGCCCGAAGUGGCCGUCCAGUUACUCACCGGACCGAUGAAAAUAUCCAGAAGGUCAAGGACUUGGUUGAUUCAAACAGGCAGUUAACAGUGAGGAUGAUGGCUGCGAAGUUACAUUUAGAUAAAGAAACGGUUAGACUUAUUCUGAAAGAAAACUUGAACAUGAGAAAAGUGUCUGCCAAAGUUAUACCGGGUAUUUUGAAGGGUGAUCCUAAAACUCGGAAACUUGACUUCCUUUCUGAUCUUUCCAAAGAAACUAGGAAAAAUCGCUUGUGUGUGAAGAAAGAGGUAACGAGUUCUGAGACAUGGAGUCACCUCCAGUGUGAAGCUGGUGGGGAAAUGCCCCUGACCCACUAUCCUGCCAGCCAGCUUCUGCAGGCCUCCUGUGCAACAAGCCUCCCCCCCAGGGCAGCUCAGGAUUGGUUCACACUGUGGUGA